UUCCCAACCUCCCCCCGACUGCUGACUCCCCUUCCCCAGCAGCUAGAGGCUGGGUGAGAAGCAGCAGCAGCGGGUCUAUACAGCGGCUCCCUCCCCGGGCGGAGUCCUGCAGGCGGCAGUGCCCCAAGCCCCUUGCCUGUGCGUCCCGCCGCUGAGCCCUACCAAUACAGUUAUUGUCUAUGCUGCCCGGUUACAAGAUGGCGGCUCCCAUGGAGAGCGCGUGAAUCUCUCCUGCCUGCGGCGACCGUUCCUGUGGCACCAAAGUUCUGGAACUUGAAGAGUUCCUAUUGCCACAGAAAUCUGCGGAUUCCUUUCUGUAGUUGAACAUCAACAUUUCAUCUUCAGAGACUGCUGUCUCAGGGAGGCACACACGAUGCUGUUCUUAGCCCUACAGCUAGACCACUGAACUGAAUGAGGAUGAAUAAGGCCACAAGAUAUGGCUCAUUGUGCACAUAAAUGUAUUGACUCCUAUGUAUUAACACAAUGGAUAUUCCUCUUCUGAAGCAGCUGUGCUGGGGAAACUGCUGAUGAAGAACAAAAUGGGAGCUACUGAGCAAUCAUUUGGAAACUGGCUAUUAAAAAAAAAAAAAAGCCAGCUAAUUAGAGCUUUGCGGAAGAGACAGCACUUUGUGCAAAACACCAGAAGCCAGGAAAACCUACUGACAGCUGUAUUUCCUAAGAGCAGCAAUAACAUUCAGGGGCCAGAUACACUAAAUGGAGACCCUCAGCCCUGCUCCAGCACAUUGGAGGGGGAAAAAUGCCAGCCUCUUUAAGAAAACUACAGCAAAUGGCUAUUUAUCUGGGGCUGUUGAGUGGUGGGGGAUGUGCUGUGAUGUAUUAUCUUAUGCAAAAAAGUUUUGCCAGGACACAGUAUUAUCAGCUGGCUAUGGAGCAGCUCAAGAAUGACCCUGAAGCCUUGGAGGCACUGGGGGCUCCCCCUCUUAAAGUUCACAACAUCAGACUGACAGACAAGAGUAAUCGCGUUGACAUGGCCAGAGCACAGUUAAAGAUACCAGUAUCUGGAACAAAAUCAGCUGGAUAUCUCCAUACCAAUUCAGCAAGAGACCUUAACUGCUGGCGUCUCCGAGAUGUCACCUUGCAACUGAGGGAUGGUCAGAAUAUUCCAGUGUACCAUUCGUGUGUGGAGAGCACCAACACACAGGAGGGGUGAAAACCAAAAGACAGCUGCUUUGCACAUCCUGCCACUUGAGGAUGUAUUGAUUGGUUGCAUAUUACUUUGAAAUUGUCCAUUUGUGACAAUACUGAAUGUACAGUUAAGUGGACAAUAUUACAGUCCAAUUAUUUCUCUAGCACUGAGCUCAGUGCUAGUAUUGUUAAUUUCAUUCUUUAUUUGUGUGUAUUGUAGAA